GCUAGGGUUUUUGCUGAGCGCAUUUUUAAUUGAGUUUCUCUCGUUGGGAGCCGUCGCUCAAUCCUCCACAGCGUCGCCGCCAUGGCCGUCGGAAAGAACAAGAGGAUUUCGAAGGGGAAGAAGGGAGGCAAGAAGAAGGCCGUUGAUCCGUUUGCCAAGAAAGAUUGGUAUGAUGUCAAGGCUCCUUCGAUUUUCAACACCAGGAACAUUGGCAAAACUCUAGUUACUCGUACUCAGGGAACUAAGAUUGCAUCUGAAGGGCUAAAGCACCGUGUCUUUGAGGUGUCCUUGGCUGAUCUUCAAGGCGAUGAGGAUCACGCCUUCAGAAAGAUUCGUUUGAGAGCUGAGGAUGUUCAAGGAAAGAAUGUUCUCACAAACUUCUGGGGCAUGAACUUCACUACCGACAAGCUGAGGUCACUUGUCAGGAAAUGGCAAUCCCUGAUCGAGGCUCACGUUGAUGUCAAAACAACAGACAGCUACACUCUAAGGAUGUUCUGCAUCGCCUUCACCAAAAAGCGUGUUAACCAGCAGAAGAGGACGUGCUAUGCACAAUCCAGCCAGAUUCGCCAAAUACGCCGGAAGAUGAGGGAAAUCAUGAUUAACCAGGCACAGUCGUGCGAUCUCAAAGAUUUGGUUCAGAAAUUCAUCCCCGAAUCGAUUGGAAAAGAGAUCGAGAAGGCGACCUCUAGCAUCUACCCUCUGCAAAAUGUGUUCAUCAGGAAGGUCAAAAUAUUGAAAGCCCCCAAGUUCGACCUGGGCAGGUUGAUGGAGGUUCACGGCGACUACUCUGAAGAUGUUGGCGUAAAGUUGGACAGGCCAGCUGAAGAGCCCGAGGCACCAACUGAAGUUGUCGGUGCCUAGACAAGUUCCCUAUCCAAACUUAACUACAUCAUAUGGUAAUGAGUGGUUUUUAAAUAUAUGUUUGAUGAUCAGAAAAAACCCAACUUAUUGCUACUUUAAGUUUUUGAGACAGACGUACGAUGAGGUUCCUUUCAAUGAUUCCAUUUUCUUCGUAAA